CUAUAGCUCGGCUCAUCGCCGCCGCGGCUGACGGUCAAGAGCGACAUCUCCGUGGCAUCGGGGACGACGUGGACGUUCGGUGGUAAGGGGUUCGAGCGCUGAACGAGAGAAUGUGGGCCCGAUCGCUCGGUGUGCCCGUCCUGCUGGGCUACUUGGUUCUGGCUGCCCUCGGCAGGAUCUCCGCCUCCUACGUCCCGGGCGGGGACAUCAUGUACGUGGAGGUCGAGGACACGCCGCGGGUUAAGUGGCUCGUCGACGAUAAGGACAACGAGAUCGAGGACGUUAACGGCGCCCGAGUCAAGAGGAACUACAAGCAGCCACGAGCCAUCGAGGAUUUUUACGAGAGGUUUCAGUCUGAUACUUGCCAGAGGCAGUUGAAGAGACUCUGCGAGAUCCAGGAUAAGAAGAUGGACGAUCUCUUCUUCCUGGAGUGCAUUCAGACGUUAAAGCCGAAUGAAAUAACCACCAUCGAAGACUCCUGCCAACAUUCUAUCUACAAUUACAUUAGAGAAGCCACUUCCAAUGAAAAUAUAUUAAAGAUGACAAAAGAGGAAUGCAGCGAUUCAUUGGACGUGCUAAAAUGUCCAAUGACGAGUCCAGGCUCCUACUUGUUGUGCUUAGUCGAUAAAAGGGAUAAAAUAGCGGAUCUACAGUGUUCUGACUUUAUUCAGAAACUGGACUGGGUAGUGAAUGACUUUAAGAUUAUUAUUGCAUCGUUUAUUCCAGAAUGUCAGAACGACGUUAAUAGAUUUCAGUGCGGUAGAAUUCAGCCUUACAAAGAUAUUCUGCAAGGGCAAACGUUGGCAUGCUUACAGCAACAUAUUAAUAAAUUAGAAAUAGCUUGUAAGAAGCAAAUUCUACGCGUUACGGAAAUACAAGCUGACAAUAUUAAAUUAGAUCGUCAAUUGUAUUUUGCCUGUGUGCAAGAUCACAAGAAGUUCUGUUCCAAUAUGCGAUCAGGCACGGGUCAAGUUUAUAAGUGCUUGAUUCAACAUAAAAUGGAUAGAUCGAUGACCAAGGCUUGUCAGGAGCAGUUAGUCAGAAGAGAAAAAUUAAUUGCUUCAGAUUAUAAAGUCAGCAGGAGCUUGGCUAAAACUUGUAAAGAGGAUAUAAAAACCUAUCGCUGUCGCAGAAACGUGUCGGAAGAUAAAAAUAUAAGGCUCGCGCAAAUAUUGCUGUGUCUGGAGUCUGCGGUAAAGAACGGUAGUAAAGUGGCUAGCGAGUGUCAAGUGGAAAUGUUCGAUCAUAGAAAAAUACUAAUGGAAGAUUACAGACUAUCGCCUGAAAUAGUAAAUAACUGCGCGAAUGACAUACAAAUGUUUUGUAACAAUUUAGAGGUUGGUGGAGCCACGAUCCAUUGCUUAAUGGAGUACACUAGAGUGCGUAAAAGAAAGGGCAGAGUCUCUCCAAUAUGCCAAAGAGCCUUAGAGGAUUUAAUAAAAGAAACCGAUGCUGGCGAAGAUUGGAGAAUAGAUUCCGUUCUGAGAGAAGCUUGCCAAUCCGUCGUGGAUGUAGCUUGCAAAGAUGUCCAAGGAGGAAAUGCAAGGAUAAUAUCCUGCUUGAUGGAUAAAUUGGCGACCGAUCGAAUGACAGAGUCAUGCGAAACAGCGCUCAUUCAAAUUCAAUAUUUUGUCGCUAGGGAUUAUAAAUUGGAUCCCUUGUUGUACAGAGCAUGUAAAGCAGAUGCGGUGCAUCUAUGUCAUGCAAAAAAUGCAUGGGCCAGUGAUGGCACUCAAAUGGAUGUGGAAAGAGGUCCACUCGUUCUUCCUUGUUUGUAUAGAUAUGCGUAUCAUCCACAAAAAGACAUGGCGCUAAAGAAAGAAUGCUUAGAUGAGAUAAGAAGAGUAAUGCGGCAGAGGGCGGUAAAUGUUGAUUUACAGCCUGAAAUUGAGGAAGUUUGUUUGGACGACUUGGCAUCCUUUUGCUUCGAUAAGACUGCCAAAGGGGAGGAAAUUUUAUGUUUACAAGAUAAAUUUGACAGUUUAAAUCAAAAUUGUAAAUUAGCCGUUGGAAAUUUCACUGAAGAACAGGCUGAAAGAGUCGAGCUGAAUCCUAUUAUUACAACAGCUUGUCACCAUAUUAUGGAGAGGCACUGUGGGGAUAUUCUCAAAUAUGGUAAAGACGAAGGAGAUAUGAUGGAGUGUUUGAUCGAGCAUAAAAAUGAUUUCGAUACUCGUACAGACGCUAAAUGCAAAGCCACAGUCGAGCAUUUCCAAUUAAUAUCACUCAAGAAUUACCAUUUCACAUUUAAGUUUAAAGAAGCUUGCCGACCAAUGGUCGUACGAUGGUGUUCGUACGCCAACACCAAGUCGGUGGUAAUUAAUUGUCUGAGCGACAUUGUACAAAAGGAUAUAAUACAAGAUUCUCAACCUAGAAUUUCAAGGGAAUGUAGACAACAGCUUAAAGCUCAAUUAUAUCAACGCAGAGAAAAUAUUAAGUUUGACCCUAAAUUAUAUAAAACAUGUUCCGAAGAAAUAAAGCAUCUUUGUUAUAAUGUUGAACCUGGCAACUCACAGGUGUUGGAGUGCUUGGCGUCGAAUAAACCAAAAUUAGGGGAAAAUUGCCACUCGCAAGUAUUUAAAGUAAGGAAACAAGAAUUUCAAGACAGUUCGAGUGAUUUUGCUCUUCUAAACGCUUGUCACUCUAUGGUUAGACAGUUUUGUUACGACAUUGAUCGAUCAAAGGCAUUAUAUUGUUUAAAGAGAUACAAGGAUGAACCUAUGUUCGAUGAUAAGUGUAGAACAUUUGUCAUUAACAGAAUGGUUGAACAAAACACCGAUUAUAGGUUUAACGCAGCUUUACAGACGGCUUGUUCAUUAGACAUUAACAGGCAUUGUAAACAACAAUUGAUAAAUCAGACUGCGAAUAAAGAAUUAGAAGGUAAAGUUAUUGCGUGUUUAAAAAUUAAAUUUAAGGAAUCUAAGCUAACGAUUAAAUGUGAGCAUCAAAUGACAAAUAUAUUAAGAGAAGCAGCUCUCAACUAUCAUCUUAAUCCUUUGAUUGUAGCACUAUGUGCUUAUGAGAUCGAAAAAAUAUGUAAAUCCGAUGAGAAUAGUUCACCGGGAAAAGUCGAAGAGUGUCUAAAGAAUCAAUUUACGCUCGAUAAUAAAGAGAUGAAGGAAGCUUGUCGCGUGCAAGUGGCAGAAAUGAUCGAAGAAUCUAAAGCAGAUAUCAACUUUGAUCCACUUUUACAAAAAGCCUGUGCCGUGGAUGUUAGCAAAUAUUGCAAUAUGGUGCCACAAGGAGCUGGAAGACAUAUCAAAUGUCUACAGAAUAUCCUACAGGAUGAAAAGAGAUCGUUAGAACCAGAUUGUUAUAAAAUGUUAACUAGUAGAAUCGAAAUGUUUAAGAAUGCAGAUAAGUUGAUUGCCCCAAAAACAAUUGAAGAGCUGUAUGAUUCGGUGAAUCGUUCACCGGCCAAGAGAUACUUUUUAAUCUUGACCUUCACAGCGAUUGGAUUUAUUUUCAUUAUGGGUCUGUCUUGCGGUCGGGUAUCACGUCGACCAAUGAUGAUGAAAAACAAAUGAUCAGCGAUAUGUCAAUUCUUAGAAGAAAUUCAUGUGAAACAGAUGAGCGUUUGGCAGUUGCAAUCCUUAUGUGUCCGCAAGCCUUGCGAUUUGUUAAGAUUUGUUUUACAAUCGACGUGUCAAAGCAACAAAUACAA